AUGAAACUAAAAGAAUAUUUAAACUUUCUUGUCUCAAGACGAAAAAGUAAUGCAUCAUCAAAAUCUCAUAAACCAAAAUCUCAUCAUCAAUCAAUUUCAUCAACAGAUUGUCAUUAUGAAAUAUGUGGAUAUGACGAUGUUAAUAGAGUUCCUAUGGAUAAUCAUCAUAGUCGUACUGAAAUGCUUCUUACACGUCAUGCUCAAUUAGUCAAUACAAUUAUUGGAAUACGUUCACAAGAAAAUUUAUGUUCAUCAUGUCCACAUUGUCGAAUAUUACAUCAAUCACAAGAAAAAAAUUUAUCUUUAAAUCAUAAUUAUUCAAGUACAUUAGCAACAUCUAAUCCACGUCGUGAAUACCAACAAAAUCAAACAAUUAUUUCAUCAAGUAAUAAUUCUCUAUGGACAAAAACACGACAACGUUCAAAAAUUCGUACAAAUCCUUGGAUUAACACUAUUCGAACAUCACAACCGGAAUAUUUUAUUCAUGAUCCUAAAUUAUCUUCAACACUUAUACAUUCAGAAUCAUUUCCACAAACAAUAUCUAAUGGAAAUAUUCAUUCAAUAAAUCCAUCGAAUAUAGUUCUUCAUCAAAGUGAUAGUGGACAUGGAUUUUCAUUAUCAAGUUCAAGAGUUAUUGAUUCAUCAUCACCUGAUAAUACAAGUAUUGAUGGACCUUUAUUAGAUGAAAAACAACAUGGUUCAUAUACAAAUCAUGUAGAACAGUAUUUUCCUUCAAAAGCGACAAUUCCUUCUGAUAAGAAACGAAAAAUAAGACCUAUUCAAUCUCGUUAUCAACGUUCAUUAAAUACACGAAUAUCUAGUAGUCCCAAGAAAUCUAUUAAUCGUAACUAUCAUUCACGUAGUUCAUCACCACGUUUAUCUAAUGAUCAUUUUUCUAUUGAAUUUGAAGAAAUAGUUGAAAAUGAACAUUCACAUAAACAAAAAUCAUCAAUACGAAAAAGUCCAUUUAUAUUACCAUUAGAUGAAACUGAUGUUAAAUUAUCAUCUCCAUUACCAACAUUAUAUUCAACAGCAACAUUAAAAAAAACUAAUUCACGUGUUAUAUUAAAUCAUAUUGAAGAAAUUGAAAAUGAAAUUCGAAUGAUGACAACUUUAAAUUUUGAUCACGAUGAACAUAUGCAUUCGUCAAAUAUUUAUCCAAAAGAAAAUGAAAAAAAAUUCAUUCAAGAACAAGUUAAUCAAUGGGUUGAACAAUGUUUAACAACUAAUAAAAAUAAUAAUUCAACAAAUCUUCUUCAUACUCAAUGUGAUAAUUUAUCUAAUACACUUAAAGAUUAUGUUGUAUGUGUAUGUCCAAAUGAUAAUGAUAAAGCAUCAAUUUUACCAAAAUCUCAAAAUAAAACUGAAUUAAUGACAGCAUUUUAUUUAAGUUCAAUACCAACAAUAAAACGAACAUUUUCAUUGCUUGAUCAAUCAUUACAACAAUCGAAAUCUCGAACAAUGACAAAAGAUUUCAAAUUUAUGCAUGAAUGUCCAUUUUAA